GUGCAGGAAUAUGAUUUUUAAAAAGCUUGAUUAUUUAAAUCGUUAGUUUAAACCAUUACUCUGCCGGAAUUCCCUGGUCGUCGCUCGGUCUGCGGGCUCUCCUCUUAGCAAAGCAUCGUCCUCUCCCUUUCUCUUGCUGCUUUGAUUCUGGAGGAGCUUUCAGAUGGAGAAGUUCGGCUCCUCCUCUCGAAGAUCGGAGCAUCGUUUUUUUGAUGCAUGGAGUAUUCAGACAUGAAUGCGAAGUGGAGAGGCUUGGUAUGUGAAUUUGGAAAUUAUUGGAAUUGGUGAAACCAAAUUCAAGUGGAGAAGAAGCUUGGAAGGUGAGGAUGGCAAGAGGUAGGCCUAAGGAGAAAGUGAGAUGGAGCAAGCUCUAUUCUUUCAAUUGUGUUCGUCCUUCUGUGCAAUCAGACUUGGAUCGCUCUCCUUCCCUCCUAGGGCCAGGCUAUUCACGAGUCGUCCACUGUAACAAGCCUCUUGUGCAUAGGAAGAAACCCUUAAGAUACCCCACGAACUACAUCUCCACCACCAAGUACAAUUUUGUAAAUUUUCUUCCAAAAGCAAUCUUUGAACAGUUCCGGCGGGUUGCGAACCUCUACUUUCUAUUGACUGCAGCCCUGUCACUCACACCAAUCACUCCUUUUACUCCUGUGAGCAUGAUUGCCCCGUUAAGCUUUGUUGUUGGGCUCAGUAUGGCAAAAGAAGCAUUAGAAGAUUGGCAAAGAUUUAUGCAGGAUAUGAAGGUCAACCGGAGGAAGUUCAACAUCCAUACAGAAGAAGGCCAGUUUGGUUACAGGAGCUGUCAAAAGAUUCUAGUUGGGGAUGUUGUAAAAGUUGAGAAGGAUCAGUUCUUUCCAGCAGACUUGCUUCUUUUAUCGUCUAGCUAUGAAGAUGGGAUAUGCUAUGUUGAGACCAUGAAUUUGGAUGGAGAGACAAACCUGAAGGUGAAAAGAUCAUUGGAAGUGACCUUACCCUUAGAUGAUGAUGAUGCCUUCAAGGAUUUCGGGGGCACAAUCAAAUGUGAGGACCCAAAUCCUAGCCUUUAUACAUUUGUAGGAAAUUUUGAAUAUGAGCGUCAAAUUUAUGCUCUUGAUCCAAAUCAGAUACUUCUUCGAGAUUCAAAGCUUAGGAAUACUUCAUUUAUUUAUGGAGUUGUGAUUUUCACUGGACAUGACACUAAGGUCAUGCAGAAUGCAACUAAAUCUCCAUCAAAAAGGAGUAGAAUAGAAAAGAAAAUGGACAGUUUGAUAUAUAUACUGUUUAGCCUUCUAGUGUUGAUUUCACUAAUCAGUUCCGUCGGAUUUGCGGUAAAGAUAAAGUAUGGGAUGCCAAAAUGGUGGUAUCUGCAACCAAAUAAUACAACAAACUUGUAUGAUCCUUCAAAACCUGUAGCCGCAGGUUUCUUCCAUCUGAUUACAGCUCUCAUUUUAUACGGAUAUCUCAUACCGAUUUCGCUUUACAUUUCCAUUGAAGUUGUAAAAGUUUUGCAAGCUAUGUUUAUUAAUCAAGAUAUUCAACUAUAUGAUGAAGAUUCUGGAAAUCCUGCACAGGCCAGAACCUCAAAUCUGAAUGAGGAGCUUGGUCAGGUUGAUACAAUUUUAUCAGAUAAAACAGGAACUUUGACAUGCAACCAAAUGAACUUUUUGAAGUGUUCUAUAGCAGGAAUAUCAUAUGGAGUGAGUUCUAGUGAGGUAGAAAUAGCUGCUGCUAAGGUCAUGGCUUCAGAUGUUUCAACUUCUCUUGACCUGCAAAGUAGCAAUCAGGAUUUGUGGGAUAAACAAGCAAGUACAUUUGGAUCUUCUGAAAUAGUUUCUAUCAGUUGUUAUUCCCCAAUGGUGAGAAGAGAGAAAAAAUCUUUCAUCAAAGGUUUCAGCUUUGUAGAUGACCGCCUUAUGCAUGGAAAUUGGAUCAACAAGCCAGAUGCAGAUACCAUUCUUCUGUUCUUUCGGAUCCUUGCACUCUGUCACACAGCUAUUCCAGAGUAUAAUGAGGAAAGUGGUUGUUUUAACUAUGAAGCCGAGUCACCAGAUGAAGCGGCAUUUCUUGUUGCAGCCAGGGAGUUUGGAUUUGAAUUCUUUAAGAGAACCCAAUCAAGUGUGUUUGUUUAUGAGAUGCAAAUUUCUGGUUACCCCAUAGAAAGAGAGUUCAAGAUCCUCAAUCUGUUAGAAUUCAACAGCAAAAGGAAGAGGAUGUCUGUAGUUGUACGGGAUGAAUCAGGACAGAUACUUCUCCUAUGCAAAGGUGCUGAUAGCAUAAUAUUUGAAAGGCUAUCAAAGCAUGGAAGAAUGUAUGAGAAUGAUACGCAAAAACAUCUAAACGAUUAUGGGGAAUCUGGACUGCGGACAUUAGCACUGGCAUACAAGAAGCUUGCAGAGGCCGAGUACUCAACUUGGAAUGAUGAAUUUGUCAAGGCAAAGACAUCAAUUGGACCAGACAGAGAAUCAAAGCUGGAGCAAGUUGCUGAUAUGAUUGAAAGAGAUUUAAUUCUAGUUGGUGCUACUGCAGUUGAGGAUAAAUUGCAGAGAGGAGUGCCACGGUGUAUCGAUAAGUUAGCACAAGCUGGCUUGAAGAUCUGGGUUCUAACUGGUGAUAAGAUGGAAACUGCUAUUAACAUAGGCUUCGCUUGCAGUUUACUAAGACAAGGCAUGAAACAGAUAUGCAUAUCAACAUUGAACACUGAAUCGAUAGGGAAAUUCUUACUGUGGAUGGACCAGGCUAUAAAGGAGAACAUGUUGAUGCAAAUUGCUAAUGGCACCCAAGCUGUGAACUUUGAGCAGGAUCCUCAUGAAGCAUUUGCUUUGAUCAUUGAUGGAAAAGCUUUAAGCUAUGUUUUAGAGGACGAUAUAAAGAAUGAUUUUCUCAACCUGGCAGUUAAUUGUGCUUCCGUAAUAUGCUGUAGGGUCUCCCCAAAGCAGAAAGCACUGGUUACUCGUUUGGUGAAAGAAGGAACAGGAAAAACUACACUAGCCAUAGGUGAUGGUGCAAAUGAUGUUGGCAUGAUUCAAGAGGCUGAUAUUGGUGUGGGCAUCAGUGGGGUUGAAGGAAUGCAGGCGGUGAUGGCAAGCGAUUUCUCUAUUGCACAGUUUCGUUUUCUGGAGCGACUUCUUGUGGUCCAUGGUCACUGGUGUUAUAAAAGGAUUGCCCAGAUGAUCUGUUAUUUCUUCUAUAAGAAUAUAGCCUUUGGUCUCACAUUAUUCUACUUUGAGGCAUAUGCGGGCUUCUCUGGUCAAUCUAUUUAUGAUGAUUGGUACAUGCUACUGUUCAAUGUCAUUCUAACCUCAUUGCCUGUCAUAUCUUUGGGAGCUUUUGAGCAAGACUUGUCUUCUGAAGUUUGCUUACAGUUUCCUGCACUAUACCAGCAAGGGCCGAAGAAUUUGUUCUUUGACUGGUUCAGGAUUUUUGGUUGGAUGGCAAACGGUCUCUACUCAUCACUCAUCAUUUACUUCUUCACAAUUAGCAUAGUGAAUGUGCAAGCUUUUAGGGCAGAUGGCCAAACAACUGACAUGCCUGUGGUGGGAACCAUCAUGUUCACUGCUAUCAUAUGGACUGUUAAUGUGCAGAUCGCCAUGAAAAUGAGCCAUUUUACAUGGAUUCAACACCUCUUCAUAUGGGGAAGCAUAGCCACGUGGUAUAUAUUCCUGCUUGCCUAUGGCUUUGCUUCUCCAUUAUUGUCUGGCAGUGAGUACCAAAUUCUCAUGGAGGCCCUUGCGCCGGCCCCCAUCUAUUGGUUCUCCACUCUUUUCGUAGCGGCCGUGUGCAACCUCCCCUACCUCGCCCACAUCUCGUACCAACGAACAUUUCAUCCAAUGGAUCACCAUGUGAUUCAGGAGAUAAAGCACUAUAAGAAAGACGUUGAAGAUCAACGUAUGUGGAAGAGGGAGAAAUCAAAGGCAAAGCAGAAAACCAAGAUUGGGUUUUCAGCAAGGGUGGAUGCUAAGAUCAGGCAAUUGAGGGGAAGGUGGCAUAGAAAAGUGCUAACCCUGAAUGUGGAAACAGCACCAUAGGUUUACAAUCUCAAUCUCAUUGCCUUCUUGUUCGUUUUUUAUAUGUUGCAAGUUCAUUCAUUAUGUUAUUUUUUUGCCUUCAUGUCAUACAAGCUGGCAGUAUUAGCACGGGGGAUGUUUCACAGGAACCCACCCCCCACCACCCCACCCCACAACACAGUAUAGCAACCCAGAAAAUUUAUGUAGCGUGUUUGUAUAACUGGGCCAAAUUUAUGCCAAUUUUUGUACAUUUGCAUCUAAUAUUCUUUAGCUUGGGUGAAGCCUGAUUGCAGAUAUAGAGCAUCCAGGCAUAGGAAGCUCUGUUUGAUGGGUUGCUUCACCUUUCUUUCACCCUUGCA